UUCCGAGUAAAAACGUCAGCAGUCGCCUUUUUCUCACUCCUGAAAUGUCAGCCCAAUUUUUGACGCUCACAAUCACGGCUGCCUGCUGCUCCUAUGCCAUGGCUUCUCUCCAAUCGUCAGCAGUCGAGAAGCUGGCGGCAUUUUACGGCUACCGCGCCGACUCGCACGACGUGGUGACGACCGACGGCUACAUUUUGACCAUGCACCGCCUGUCGAAGCCACAGGCGCACAACUCCAGCAGCCACAACACCCCGGUCCUGGUGGGCCACGCCCUCUUGACGAGCAGUGAGGUGUGGAUGUUCCGAGAGGACGAAAACCUACCAUUGCAGCUUGUUGACCAUGGAUUCGAUGUAUGGCUGGCUAACUUUAGAGGAUCUCAUUACGGUGUAAAGCACAAAACUCUCAGUCCGAAGUCACACGAGUUCUGGGACUUCAGCUGGCAUGAGAACGGCAUCCUGGAUCAGGCCGCCAUGAUAGACUACGUGCUCAACGCCACGGGGCGCGCACGCCUCUUUGCUCUGUCGUUCUCCAUGAGCUGCAGUGCCACCAUGGUGCUGCUGUCCGAACGUCCGGAGUAUAAUGCAAAGAUUAUAGCCAACGUUUUCUUCGGUCCGGCGGGUUUCUUCAAGAACCCGGCUGGCUUGCAUCGUAUGGCCAAAGUCGUGAUGGAAACGUUCCCCGCAUUUACCAAUCGACUCAAGGAUGUCACCGGAGAACACGCCAUAAACGACAAGAUGCCAUUUUCGGAUGUAUCCCUGACCACUAUUUGUCCUGCGACAAAACGCAACGCCAUCUUCGCGCCAGUCUGCAGGAUGCUCUCGGACUUCUUUGCGGGAAAGAACAGUUAUUUAGGCAGUGACAAACUGCUACGUGCACUCACCAUCAGAUUUCCAUCUGGAGCUUCAAUACGUCAAUGUGCGCAUUUUGCCCAAAGCAUCGAAAGAGAUGGCGAGUUUCGGAAGUACGAUUUCGGAAGGGCUAGGAACGUCGAGCUGUACGGAUCCCCUGACCCCCCAUCUUACAACCUGAAGGCUAUCACAUCACCAACCCUUAUCUUCUGCGGACUCGCGGACGUCACAGUCAGUUUCAUGGACUGUUCCGCUGUCUCAAAGGCCGUCCAUUCAACCGUGGCCUUUUACGAAAUUCCACAAUACAACCACUUUUCCUUCAUUAUCGGCAAUGGCCUUGAAGAAAGGGUGAACAAGAAGGUCAUAGCCUUCUUUCUGAGUUUCUUGUGAUACUGAGUCGUUCGUUUUCUUCCAUUCCAUUUUAUUGAGAGCCAUCCAUCGAGGAUUCGCCAUGUGUAUGUGUUCAGUAAAAAUGAUCAACCCCACUCAAUAUAUGCAUUAGGGUGGGUCGAAAAUCCCAGAAUUAAACGGCGUAUGGUUUUGUUUGCAGUU